GACUUUAAUUAAUACUAAUACCCAUUCACUGGUCUGGUUUUUCCAUUUUGACUUGACACAGGGAAAGCAAACUGGGUAAGUACCAGACUUUCAUGCACUGAAGUGGAGGAGAGUGUUGAGAGGGAGGGUGAGAGCUGUAGAGACCUUUUAUAGAUCUGACACUUCUGAAGAGAAUGGGUGCAGAAGGUUUUCAGAGGUUGGUCAGCGGCAAAGCAUAGUUUCCUACAGAGAGAAUUAAAAAAAAAAAACUGAAAAUGUGCACAGGAGCCAAGUGGAGAAAGUUGUUCCUCUUCCAAUGACGGUAGAGGGAAGAAACGGGAGCCGAGGGAGAGGAGAUGGAGAAAAAAGCAGAGUGAAGGUGGCAGCAGGGUGGACGGAGGAGUUCCUGGCAUUUCCACUCUGAGCCUAAUGAGUGAAGGCAGGAUGCUGAGAAUGAGCGUGUCUGCUGCGGGAGGUCCUCAGAGGAGUGGAGCUCCUGAGGAGACCAAGGCCAUUUUAAUUGGACACUGAAUAACGGUGUGACUGUUUCACAGAGAGAACAGAGCUGCGCUGACUUCAGAUCCCAAAGGCCAAUGAUGUGCCAGAACGUUCAUGUUACACCGCUUUUAUCAAGAACCUAGGUCUGCAACGUUCUCGUCUCCCUGUAUUUAUGAAUCUGCUGAGGAAAAACACAGCAAAUUGCUUUGGGAAGAGAACAGUCUUGUUUUAGUUGGUCAAUACUAACUGCUUUGUCAACAUUGAGCCUUCAGACAAAUGAUUCUCCUAAGUGAGCCUUUUAUUUAUUUCAUCUGACAUGUCAACCUUUUCUAUAUGUAGACUACAUUGAUAAAUACAUGCAGGUAACAUUAGACUUAGGGGGACUAUUAGGGGGCGUAAUGCCACAAAUGAAGAAGAAUAAAAAGCAAUUUAUAAUGAUGGCCAACAUUUACAAGGAGAAUUCAAUUUAACUGUUCUUUUUAACAUUUACAGACUCUCAUCACCUUCUCCUGCCUCUGGUACAUAAGAUUGUAUUUAGCUUCAAAUGAGAAACUGAUUUAAAACACAUUAAUAAGUAUGUGCUAUAACUAAUGAUUAUUCUUUAAUUGAAUACCAAGAAAUCAGAACACAGUUACGGAGAUAUCUACGCACAAACAAUUUGCUGUUUUUUCAAUUAAUAUUCAUGGUCAUCCACAAAAUCAUGAUACUUACUUUUGUUGUCCAGAAUUCAAUAAACCUAUGAAAAAAAAUCCAAAGAUAGCUAAGGCUGAGCAAAAAGAGGCAAUGAUGAUGACGACCCAUCGAUUGAGAAUCACUCAAAAGUGGUCAGUUACAAGGGAAAAAAAACAAUGAAGACCUCCCAAGAAUACACUUAAAUGUUAGGUUUAAAAAAGUUUAAUAUAAUUUCUGCCUCUUCCUUUCUGGUCCUAGGAAAAUGACCGUAUAAUUGAAUACUUGCUACUUCAGAAAAAAAAAAAUACAGAAAACAAAACAUUACAAUGUGUUAUUCAUCAUUGCAGUGUUGUUUAUCUUCCUUUUACAUAGUGUAAACUCAAACCGUCUCGUCAAUUUAUGACUCUGAAUGUUGAAGUGUAAAUAUAUUUUCUGUGAGCUCAACCAUUACUAUAAACAUAAACAAACAAUGUUCACAGUGUGAGGUUACUACGGUCAGGAUACUUUCUCCUUGUGACGUCACCAUCCUGACCUCACUUAGCACAUUCACCCAAAUUAAACAGGAAAUAUAAGUGAAUAACGUAACUUUUGGUGAAUAACACUGCAGGUUUAUUUACAGUGUGUUAAGGUACUCAAAAAUGCAAACAACUGCAGAAAAGGGGCGAGGGGAUCACAGGUUUCAAUAAAUUUACAAAUGUACACACAGCCUCACUACAAGCCACAACUUGCUAACUUCCAAUUCAGUCUACUACCAACCUGAUUCAAAGCAAGACUUCGCUCAGUCUCCAAGUUCACCCUUUAAAUAAAACCCCAGUGAUUGGAUAGAUGGUGAGCUCUUUAUGACAGAGUUGACAAUGGAGUAUUGCAAAAUAUUACGUGAUUAUCAAAAAUAUUUACAUGAAUUCCCUUAACGAAAACACAUAACCACUAACUACACAUAUUUGCAAACAUCUGUAAUCAUGACAGGACCCACUAAAUGUUUUGAACAAUGAUAAGAACAGAUAAACACUCCCCAAACACCAAACGGAAGUUUUACCUGUCCCAAGAUGGAACACAAAAUCAGAGCUCUUUCGUGGUUCGUGCUUCCACUGGGACACUUGAUGCGGCCGGACCAGGAAGUACAGCGGUGCCAGGGUGGAACAUCCACGCUUCAUCUCUCCUCGGUGAGGGAGUUACCAUGUCAGCUUCAGGAGCUUUACCAGCAGGGCUUCAUUCUGGCAGCUGUUCAUCCAUUCAUCCACCCCUGUGGUCCAGAAUCCAACAGUCAGCAGCACCAGCUCUACAGGGCCAUACUGGUCCGACUUAAUGACGGGGCGGAGAGAACCCAGCCAGUGUGUCCACCGCACAAUCUGCAGCUGGAAGAGUGCCUCUCAGCCGGGCAGGUGCCCACCCCGGAGCUCAUCCAGGGCUACGUCAAGAAGCAGAUCCAGGAUGCUGCAGACCAGGGCGUGAGGUUUGUUGGAUUUGUGCAGGAACCAUAUGGGGCUCCAUGCACAACAAUCAGAGAACCAGAAACUCCUUCCCUCUCGCUACACUCCAGUCCCAGCUCCCUUCUCGGCUCGCUGGGCAGCUGCAGCCCUUCAAACCCCUCCAGCCCCACAAAUCAUGCAGGGCCUGUACCUGAAGAAGGCAACACCACGGGGGAAAAACCAAAUGAGGGCGAAAGAUCACAGACUGAGGAGCAGAAUAAAAGUGAGGAAGAUGGGAAGUGGUCCAAAGGCUGUGCAGUGAGCAGUCAAGAUGAGGUGUCGUCCACCACGUCUCCAGUGUCGGAGCUGGAUUUGGAGCUGAAGGAGGAGAACUCACCGUGUCACAAUAACAACAAGGAUGGCUGUGCCGAGACAAGGGACCGACCAAGAUACAGGCUGCGAAGAGGCAACGGUGUGGAGCUGCUGGCUCUCUAUAACCACCCAUUGGUCAGAGAGGGUCAGGCCAAGUACUACACAGUGAAGGUGCCAUUGAGGGUCCAGAACUGUGAAGGGGGCGUCAAAAGUGUGGAGGCCAACUGGCUGGAUCACAUGACCCAGCACUUUAACAAUGGAGCCACUCUGGUGGACGGAUAUUUCUACCUGGGAAACGUGAAUGACUUGCUGCCAAAGUCCGUCGAAAGUGUCUUCAUCUUCCAGGAGGCGAGUGAGGCGGAUGCAGCCACUCAAACAUAUGAUGCCAUCGUGGUGGAACAGUGGACCAUCAUCGACGGUCUGCAGGUGAAGACUGAUUAUGUUCCCCUGCUUCAGUCUCUGGCUACAUAUGGAUGGAGGCUCACGUGUGUGCUGCCCACUCCUGUCAUCAAGACUAACAGUGAUGGAAGUCUGUCCACCAAGCAGAUCGUUUUCCUGCAGAGACCAGUGAUGGGCCGGAAGAAAAAGGAAUCUAAGAAGCUGAUCUUCAAGCCCAGAGGCAAGUCCAACAAAACCUGCAUCAAAGAGACGGCAAAGAACAAGAAGAAGAAAAAGGCAAAAAGUGACAGGGACGAAGAAGACGCCAGGAUUGCAGACGACAAAGAAAAUGCUGGAAAAGAUACAGAGGAAGACGGCGGACGAAAGGAAAGGGAGGAGGCGAAAAACACGAGAGAAGUGGGCGAGAGUCGUACACUGAAGGAGAGCGGAUCAAGGUGCGAGGACUUCGAUGACGGGGUUGAAGUCUGCCGAGAGGAUGUUGAAAAGAAAAACAGUGAAACGGAGGCGACGGACAAAAAAGACAGAGAUGAUAAAGAGACGGGAAAGGUCACGUCUGAGGAAGAGGGAUCGAAGAAGAGCCAACUGCCUCAGGCAGAAAAAGAAGAACAGGAAGUGGAAGAAAAUGUUGUCGCUGACAACAAGACCAAAGAAAUGAAGGGGUCUGGUGUAGCUGAGGUCAAAGCUGUGAUUGAGAACGGUGUGGAGGCUCACGACGAGACAUCUGACGCCGAGGAUAACCCCAUCGAAGACAAGGAGGAAGAGCCGACAGGUGUGGAGGUCAUUGGGAAGGUCAUGGAGGCUGAUUCCCAGGCCGACCUGAUCAGUCAAAGCCCAGAGGGAACUCAAGAGUAGCUUCAAGCGAAGCCUCACUCCCCUCCGUCCUACCUCUUGAUUCCCACAACCACGGUCCGGUUCACAGAGUUGUUCCUGAUCUGAAUUGACGGGGCUUUGAUCCCAAUCGUUGCAGUAUUGACCAGACCAGACUAAACGCUCACAGAACCUGCCACAGUGUAGCCACAGAAACAUUCCUCAGACCUUUAGACUUAAGUCCUAAGGCAUUACCACACAUACUGAAUGUACAGUAUAUACAGUAUACCCAAAAGGCAGUAGUCAGGUUAUUGUCAGUGUGGGGUCGGUGUGAUGACUGUUGAAAAAAAAAACAAAAAAAAUCGAAAAACAGCAUGACAACAGUUGCAGAUACAGUUGCCAUGUGGGCACUCGCUUCAAUGUAACAAGGCCUUUUAAAAACAAGGGUUGCAAUUCAAUGAAGAACUUUGGCGACGCGUUCGCCGUUGCUUGAUGUCACUGAGUGUUUCCAGCAGGAAGAACAUUUAGUUCAAUUUGGACCUGGUUAUGUCACUGGUUACUGGUUACUAGUUGUUUGCUCCUGCAGCCUGGCAGUUACAAAAGAUUAACUCUACGGGGAGACUUUCACUCUGUGAUAUUGUAACAUACGUUUAACAUACCGUAGUCAAGGUAAUAUAUCAAGUAGUACACAAUCAGUAACUUGUUAACGUGAACAUCUACGGUCUAUUCUGUCGUAAAAUAUAAACAGUUUAACCCAGGGGGCUUUUAAUUCCAGAUGAUAAUUAUCUGGAAUUUCACUUGCUAUCACCAUCAUUCUGAAUAUGAAUCCUUGACACUCAACACAAUAACUCCGAAGUCCGAAGACUAGGGUGGUUAUUAGUGUUUCAGACACAUGGUGUUUACAAGCCUUUUUAAUUGCAGUGCACAUGUAAAGAUAUUUUGAGAAAAAUGAGUGGAAAACAUUUUAUUAGUCCCAGUCCUCUCACAACAGAACUAUUUGUUAAGUCCACCCUAUUGGUGGUGAAACUCUGCCCCCAUGGUUUUGGUUUAUUACAGCUGGGCUGCACGGGUGAGCAACUGGAACCAGUAGGAUAUGUGUCAAAUAAAAACAAUACAGUAUGGAUGUAGCUCCGGAGUCGAACGGCUUCAUCAUCCACGGUUCAUGGUUCUGAUGCUGUGGCGACUCAAGUCAUUCUUCUCAUCCACUGACUGGGCGUAAACCUUCCUCAUAUAUUCUUAGCACGUGGGCAAGUUGGAUCAGAGCCAAGCUCCACAUUAUCACUUCAUCAGAGGAUGUGGUCAUGUGAAGGAAAUCUGAAGGAGAACCCUGGUGGAGGUGAUGGGGAAAGCUGUUUCUAUGUUUGUUUGUUUGUUUGUUUGCGACAGGCAAUCCAAAGUAAGUCGGAGAGAUAAUUGUUUACGCUGGGCUCUAAGCCGUCAAGCGCUCGACAGAGAGCAGGCGUUCACUCUUUGGUACAGCGUGCUAAUGUGCUAAACUCACUUUACCCCUACAGAUUGUUGCUCUUUCAAAGACACAGGCAGAUAAGGAGGUGGAGUUCAGGGGAAUGUGAGAAGCUUAAGGGCAGAGUUCACCUUUAAAAGUUCUGCUUCACACCGAAAGGAGAUUUUGUUUUUUCUGCAGAAAGUUGCAUUUUUAUUCACAUGUCAGAGAAUGGACGAAACAACAAAAGGGAAAUUCUCUGUGUCCUGGAAAUAUCUGACGUUGCCCUUGAAAUUCUCACAUCAGGUUAAUGUUAAUGUUAGGGUAUUUAGUUAACUUCAGCAAAACCUGAAUGAUACACAACUAUGGUUCCAUGGCACUCACAAGUCUACUGUAAGGGUCCAUCAGCCCAUGUUUUUGAAUUUUUUUUGUGUUUUUUAAAUACAUUUAUUUUACUUUUUAUAGAUUUUAAAGCACUGAUUUAUCAAAUUCUAUAAAAAUCUAUCUCUUGGCUAAUCUUUUAGCAAUCUCUGGGCAUCUGACUAAUUAUUAGUUCUUAUCUUUGGGCUUUUUCUAACUACUGCAACUGUAUUAGGGUUAGCAUUAGGGUUUUUUUUAGGGUUAGGGUUAUUUUUUUGUUUUUUAAUUUCUUAGGGUUAGAGUUAGGGGUUUUGUUAUUUUGUUUCCGGUUAGGGUAAGGUUUUUUGUUUUGUUUUUUUUAGGAUUAGGGUUCAGAUUUUGGGGGGGUUAUUUUUUGUUGUUUUUGUUCUAGGGUUUUAGGUUAGGGUUUCUGUGGAAUUUUCCAAACUAGUCUAACUAAUCCUAACUAUUCUUCAUAUCUCGCUUAAUAUUCAUAUAAUUUUUUUUCUUUAAGCAAUUUCUUAGCUAUGUUGGUUUUUACCAUUUUUGCAGGUCUUUUUACUUUACUUUAGCUAUCUGUUGUCCAACUUUAGUUUUGGGGUGUUGAUGAUUUGCUUUUUCAAUUUCAGUUUCAUCUAUUUCUUGUCAGUUAGGUUCAGACUAUAGUUUAGCUAAUGUUGGCUGUAUUCCUUGUACUUGUAAUUGUAAUUUCUAAGCUGAUGCCAUAACAGAUUUUUUUAUAUGCUGGAGAAAAGCAUUUUCAGAAUCAAAGUAAGCCUUGUGUGGCAAGUACGCUUGCUGUGGAUUUAAUUCCAUCGACAAUGAAACAAAAGAGUCUGUUAUGCACUAAGUAAAUGUGUUAAUGCUUGGAGUUUAUCUAGCACUCCAUUUGCGUCUCAAGUCGAGUCGUUUGAGAAUGAUUGUUGUCAUGUAGCAGUUUAGCCCAGAAAUAACUUUGCAUUAGCCAAAAGAUAUUUAAACAAAUAUAUAUAAACUUAAGACGAAAACAAGGACAAAAAGAAACUAAAAGAAAAUAUGAUUGUAAAAAAAA